CUAUGCAGUUAUGGAGCUGCUGAGGAUAAUGUUUUUUGCCUGUUUGUUCCUGCCUUUCGCAGAACAAAAACCUUCAUACCUGAUCAUUGCUCCCAAUGUGGUUCACAUCGGCAUGGACGAGACUAUCACCAUUCAAGUAUUCCAGGGCCCCCCCAGCGUUGCCGUCACCGUCUACUUUGAGGGGGAAUCACCAGAAGUCCUGCUGUCCCAGAAACAUAAGGUCGAACUGAACCAGGCAAACAACUUCACCAAAGUUAUCCACAUGCAGGUUCUUCCAGAAAAGACAAAGCAUUUGGACAUCGCCCAUCAAACACAAUACGCAGUCCUCGUGGCUGAAAUCCCAUUUGACGUGACACGAAAGACACGGAUUCAGCUGGCACCACGACUUUAUUUCAUUUAUGUUAUAACUGACAAACCCAUCUACAAACCUAAUCAAACUGUACGAUACCAAAUUUUUACACUUGAUGAAGAGAUGAAUCCCAUAGAUACCACAGUUUUAAUAGAAGUAUCUGACUCCCAGGGUAAUGUUUUAGCAAGUGCAAAUGAACAGGAUGGCUCAAACUCAGUGCACAGUGGAGAAAUCAGCAUCCAGUCUGAAAUGAUUGGGAGGUACCAGAUCCGGGCUACAGUCAGCGGAAACUCUAAAAGCGAAGGUGUAACAUCAUUUCAAGUUCAGAACUAUGAGCUGCCCUAUUUUGAUAUGAGGAUAAUCCCAGAUCGUUGGUACUAUGUGGUAACUGACAGCGUCUUUCCAGUCACUAUCCAAGUAUGUGCUAAGUCCAACUGUGAUCUUCAUGGCAGUGUGACUUUUGGGAUAACGAUUUCUGGUCAGAGGGUCCCCUUAUCAAAAGUUCAACCAAUCCAUUGCACCCUGAAUAGAGACUUUCGUGUGACUUUAGAUACGAGCAUUCUGAUCAAGAGCAUAGACGAGAAAGGGGGGAUGGACAAGUUCAAGAAAGGCAUGUUGUAUAUUCAAGCAGAUAUUUCGGACCAAGAAGGGCAUCAUGAAACCAAGUUAGUGGACAACAUACCAUUUCGAGCGUCACCCUAUCAUAUCAGCUUGGCAGGCACCAAACCUUAUUUCACACUCGGAACUGACUUUUACUCCCUGAUAUCAGUUAUCUAUCCCAAUGGUUCUGCUGCUGUUGCUGUACCAAUCAAAGUAUUAGUGAACAUCACAGGGGAAAACACAUUUACAUCUGAUGUUUCAGGAUGGACUGACCAAAUUGGCGAGCUAGGAUUUAAAUUUAUGGCUCCCUGGAAUGCUGAGACUAUAGAAAUUGUGGCAAUUGCUGGCAAUGAAGACACUGGAUCUGAAAGGAUACGUAAAAUUGUGAAGAAACACCACUCUGCCAGCGAGAGGUACCUUCACAUCAGUGUUCCACACGUUCUGUUGUAUCCUGGGGACAUCAUCACUGUUAGUCUUACUGCAAUCAGCCAGCACGACCUCAGGAAUGUCCAUUACUUCUAUUACCUGGUGCUCGGUAAAGGAAAAGUACUGGACUUCAGGAGAGUUGAGAGGGGGCCAGAGACCACAUUUGACGUUCGCAUCACUCGGGAAAUGAUCCCAUUUUUCCGCAUUGUUGCUUAUUAUGUCCUCAAUGAUAAAGGCAGAGAAGAAAUUGUCGCGGAUUCCCUACGCAUCGAAGUGGAGAGCUUAUGUGACACUAAGUUUCAGGUCGAUUCAGCGUUGCUCCAGCAACGGGGAGAUUACAAAUUAGAGCUAUCAGUGCUGUCUGACAAUCCAACGGAGGUCUUUGUGCAAGCGGUGGAUCCCAGGCUUAAAGAAUUACAUGCACAGGACACUAUCACCAUGAGGAAGGUCUUUGAAGAUUUGAAUUCCUACGAUAUUGGCACAUCCUAUGGAAGUGGGAAGGAUACCUUAGGUGUCUUCAGUCAUUCCAGGCUGCAUCCUUUGUCCAAUCUAAUGCCGGAACUCCCGGAGCCAAAAGUUCACGAACACCCGAAGGAGCCUUCACCAAAGGUAAUCUUGAAGAGGACAUUGGAUCCCGUUCCUGGGGAUGGAAAGAGCAGCUUAAAAUCUGAUAAACGUCCUGCCGGUUCCCAGGAGAUUCCAGCUGUUCGUGUGCCUUUGGUUGAUAGCAGUGGGGAAAGGACAGUGACUAUCAGACAGAAAAAGCACGAAGUACAUGGGGCUGGUGUUCAUGACAACUUGAUCCAUCCUAUAUUUAAUGGCAGCUCAAUGUGGACACUGAAUACUGUAUCAGGAAUUAACAACUUCAGGUUGAUAUCCGAUAUUCUCCCUCCCAGGAGCUGGGAGAUUCACGUGUUGAGUUUGUCGGAGGAGGAUGGACUCUGUCUAGCGAAAGAGAAGCUCCUCAUUUUGGACCAAGGCCAUUCCCAGCCUACAAUAUCGACAAUUCCACUGAGAGCAGGAAGUGCAGCAGGUCCUGUGAAGAGGAACUCAGAAUGACCCUAUUUCUGAGAUGAAAGCAUAUACAAAAGUGAGGGAGAAAGCCCAUUCUAUCCACAGAGAUUCCUGAAAUGAAUGAUAUCCAAAGAUGUCAUGUAACAUUUAUUGACUUAUGGAAUAUGAAGUGUAUUUGAUGUGUAUUGCAAUGGAAUAAAACA